AUGGUGGACCGAAGAAACUUAGAACCCCGUCUGAAAUUAUUUCAUCUUCGGUCAUGCCUAGAAGGAGAAGCCCAAGCUUCUCUCUCUGACCUAGGUAACACCAACCAAGACUAUCCAAUUGUCAUUGACACACUCACGAAGCUCUAUGGAGACCCCAUCAUAGUCGAGAGCAGAAAUCAUUCAGUACAAGAUCCACGAGAAAGGACCUACUGCACUUUACAAGCGAUGGGCCCGUCUCCACCAACUCUACGCACAGCUAACCUUCUUUGGCAAUCGAACCGACUCAACUCUUCUCGCUCAAGUCCUAAAGGAGAAAUUCCCCCGCUUCAUUUUACAAAAAAUGUAUAAGAACGCAAAGAAGGUACUCCAAGGCAGCGAGAUGUUGGCGGCCAUUGGUGAAACUUUGCGUCAAGAAGCUAUAGUGGAAAAGUUAUAUCAAGAUAACCACUCUGAACAUAGGAAAGGAAGCUACCAGAAGAGCCCAACUAUCAGAAGCCGGUGCACGCUCACAUCCACUAUGGCCAAGACACGAAGAAAUGCUGCCUUUGCGAUGAAGGGCAUCUAA